AUGUCGGAUUAUACUCUCUCCGCGAAUUCGUCCUCUCGCGUCACCUUAAAAGACACAUCGAACUGGGAGCUAUGGCUCUCGAUGAUCAAAACCAUUGCGGAGCAGUUCGACGUCUGGGAUCUAUAUGAUCCGGAAUCAGAUACAGAACCCGCACUUCCGAAAGAACCGAUCGAACCGAGUUAG